AUACAGAAUAUGAAAACAUCGCAGCCAACAUGCAAAUUAAAAUAAGUGAAGCCAAUGCUUUAGGCCUGCAGUGCGAUGGUUGGAGCAACAGGAGAAACGAAUCCAUUAUUAACUUUAUUAUCACCACUCCCACACCUAUUUUCUUCAAAACUUUCACUACUGACACAAAUCGACAUACUGCAGAGUACAUGGCCGAAAAAAUAGAAGAGGUACUAACAGAAAUAGGACCAGAAAAAUUUAGUGCUCUAGUGACGGACAACGCCAGUGCAAUGGUGAAAGCCAGGAACAAUAUUCACGAAAAAUAUAAACAUAUAUCUGUUUACGGUUGCGUCGCCCACACACUUAACUUAUUAAUAGGAGACAUCUCAAAAAUGAGAACUAUGGCUUCGAUAGAGGACGAUGUUAAAAGUAUCGUUAAGGAAAUUAAUAAUUCUCAUCUUUUACUAGCCACUUUCAAAAAGAUCCAGACUGAAAAAAAGGGGACAUCUGUACCAAUAUCGCUAAAGUUAUCCGUCAAAACUCGAUGGGGAUCAAUUACCCACAGCUUGAAAAGUCUGCUUGAUACCAAAUAUGCCCUUAAAGCUUUAGCAGUUUGUGAAACUGUGGAUACUAUAUUGAGUAAGCAAGUAGAAAGAUUAGUUUUAGAUGAAGCUGUAUUUUGGGUAAGAGUGUUAAAACUGUUCAAUUUAAUUAACCCCAUUGUUGAAUACAUAACCAAACUAGAGUCAGACAAGCCAAAACUGAGUCAAGUAGUAGAAUGUUUCUAUAGUUUGGAAAAACAUUUUCAAACAGUGUUACCUUCAAGUCCCCUUACAAAGCAAGAAGAGCAAAAUUUACAGGAAUUUUUAGUAAAAAGAAAGCGUAUUGUCAUAAACCCAGUACAUUUGGCAGCUAAUAUAUUAGACCCUCGUUUUAAUGGUGUUCAUUUGACCAAUGAAAGGUUCAUCAUGGAGGUUGGGAAGCUCAAGAUGAAGAACAACUAA